AUGGCUGACAACGAAGCAAAAGCACGGAAAAAGCUAGAAGAGGCCGAGAAAAAAAUGCCGGGUAUUUUUCUCUCUGUUUUUUUAAAAUUUUUUUGCAAAAAUUUUGCAAAAAAAUUUAAUAUCUUUUUAUAUCAGCAUUUUGUAAUAAUCCAUUUAUUUUUGCAGCAAAAAUAGGAGGUUUAAAUUUUAUUUUUUUGAUUUGAGUUUGAGCUUAAAGAAUAGUGCACUCAAACUUUUCUUUGUAGCAGGUAGCCUCGGACCUUUUUUGCUUCGAGAAAAGUUAUUUAUGCAUCGGUUCCUUAGCAAGAGAAAGUUGAAAAAAGAAAAUAAAAACAUUUUUCUCAAUUUUCUCAUAUAAAGCAUCCAACGCAUGAAGUUUUUUUUUUCGAAACGAAGAAUAUAAACGAAAGAAACAUCAUAUAAGCUUCAAGGAUUAAAUUGAGAUGUUUUUAAGAUAAAAAGCUACAUUACAAUGAAUGUGACUGAAAUAAAUUAACGAACUUAAUCAAUUACGAUAGCUUUGUGCGAACUCAAUAAUAAAAGAUGGAAAUUUCAAAAAAAUGAAGUAAUUUUGUCAAAAAACUUAUUUCAGAGCGGCGGAGGCUUUUUUGGAAGAUUAUUCAGCGGUGGAGGGUCGGCAGACGCAGCUGAUCUCUUCAUUCAAGUAAUUUUUUAAUUUUUUAUCAAUUCGUAGAAACUUGUGAUUUUUCCCCAGGAAAGCUAUAAUUCGCGUAAUUUCGAGCUUUUUUUUUUAGCUGGGGGAUUGAUUCAAAUGUUCCAAUCGGAGUGUUUCGCAGGUGGGGCCAAGUGAACAAGAAAACUACGUAAAUGAAGAGUCGGAGUCGGAUUAUGCGCAAGAAGACGAGGCGUUCUGCUGCGACGUCGAGGGCUGUCUGGCCUCUCUCCGCAGCGAGUUCGACGCCGAGCAGCACUACGCUCUGGUGCACGCCCACCAGUGCAGUGUCUGCGGCAAGAGCUUUUUCAACGGACACGUUCUCGACAUCCAUCUCGAGGAGUCGCACGACCCAAUGUUCGCUACGCGACUCGAUCGCAGUCCUCCUGGCUCGCUGCUUUUCCGUUGCCUCCAUGUCGACUGUCCCAUCAAGUUUACGAACCGCAGGUCGCGAGACGAACACUCGCGUAUCAUCCACAAGAUCCAGCUGUUCGAAGGAAAACGCUGCAGACCUGACCUCAGCGAUGAGCUCGGCCAGCGGCUCAGCCUCUCAUCUCGACCUCAGCCGGAGCCUUCUAGUUGGAGAGUCGCCCAGGGUCUUCCUUCUCAGCGACGCACCAUUGCCGUGGCGAAGCGUCGAUUCAAAAACCGUACUGAUUGA